AAUAAAUUGCUCCAGUGGCAUGGACCGAUCCAAGACGCUGGCGCUGUACCGCGGGAUCCUGCGGCUCCACCGGCAGAAGCUCGAGCCCGUCAUGCGCGUCCUCGGCGACCGCUACGUGCGCGACGAGUUCAAGCUGCACAAGACGGCCAAGCCCGAGUUCGUCAAGGGCUUCCUCGCCGAGUGGGAGUCCUACCACGCGAUGCUCUCCAAGCAAGAGGCACGCUUUGGCCAGGACCUUAGCGCCGAGCACCGCAAGCUUCUCGACGACCAGCAAAAGCAGAAGCUCGACGAACUUCGCGUGGCGGCCACGAAGGCCCACGAUCCGUAGAUGCCAUGAACACGACUCCGUACAUAUAUCAAAAUUCUCGGUCU